AUGGCUGCCUCCACAUUACAGCACUACUGGGAUCUCGCCUCCUUCGAUCCCGCUGUAAGGCUUAACGCUGCACAGUCCCUUGUACGAUCGUUGGCCGAUUUUCAAAAAGAUCACGAAGCAGCUCUUCAAAAUGGAACGCAUAAGACCGCUACUACCGAAGACGAACUCGACACUCUUUGCGCCCCCGAUGUAUCUUAUGCCUUGCGUCGUCUUUUGCGAGGUCUUCCUUCGUCUCGUCAAGGUGCUCGUCAAGGCUUCUCGUUGGCAUUGACAGAGCUUCUCGCCAUUACCGACGUAGUAAAUGUCAGCCUUGUCCUCGAUCUUUUGUUCAAAUAUACCGAGCGUGCUAGUGGUAUGUCAGGUGACGAGACGCGGGACAUGUUGUUUGGUCGUAUUUUUGGAAUGAUCGCCAUUGUCGCUGCUGGCAUGAUCUCGAGACCCACGACAACAUUUCAGGAUAUUGAACGUAUGCUCGACAGCUUGAAAGAAAUGGCCCAGGUCAAAUCCUACGUUGGCGAAAUCUGUCACCACGUUGUUAUCAACCUGAUUCCACAUAUCAAGAAUCUGGAAUAUAAGGACCAAGCUGUGGCAAAAAUUCUGGAACUCUUUUUGACCGAAGUUGCAGACGUAGACGAACUGAAUCUUGCAUUGGCAAUCCAACAACAACUCCCUGAAGUUGAUCUGUCCAGCCAAUUCGCAGACUGGAAAGGCACCAACGUCCUCGCACCAGCCAACCUUCCCCACCUCGCUUCUGUUCUGAAGGAAGUGCCCUCAGAUGAUGGAGAGAAAAAGGGUCAAAAGGUUGCCGAUUGGAAGCCACAGUUGCAUUCCGUGUGGGAUCAUUUCUUAACAAAAUACUUGGAGCCACAAACACAAGCUAAUGGACACGCCGAGCUUGAAGAGUCGGAUCGCGAUAAGACGGCUUCUUUUGCUGAAUUCUGGGAUGUCUGUGUUGACAAUACGUUGUUUGACAAUAACUCCUCCCAGGGUCGCAAGUAUUGGGGCUUCAAGCUCGUCCAAAAGGUCCUUCGUCGUCUUACUUCCGAUCAAAUGUCGCUCAUCUUCACCCAGAACUUUAUGCGAUGCUUCAUCAACAGCCUUUCUGUCAGUGACCGCUAUCUGAACAAAGUUGCGGUUCAUACGGCCAAUGUCAUUCAAGACGUCGCCAAGGAGAACAAGGAGGCCGGCUUUGCUUUGGUAACCCAGUUACAAGGCAACCAAGGUCGUCCAGACUUUGAUCGCUUGACCAGAACCCGCACUGUCGAAAACAUCCUCAAAACGAUGGACAGCGAAGGCAUCAAGUCAUAUCUCGAGUACCUUGCCCAGAUGUUCAUUGAGCAAUCCGAAGCAACACAGGCAGAUGCGCCACGCGCUUGGGUUUUGAAGCAAAUGACUUUCCUUGUCAAGAACAAUGCCAUUCCCAAAGAAGAGGAUUGGCUCUUGUCCGUUGUCAAGUUCUUGAUGGUGUAUGCAUUUUUCGAAGUCAAAAAGUCGUCCUCCAAGGGCUCGUUUAUUGAGGGAUAUCAUAAGCCAGCUACGCCCUUGUCAGAAGCAACUGUGGACCAAUGCAAAGAAAGUUUCCAGACGGUAUUGAUGGCUUUGGAAAAGACGCCUCCUCUUUCAAAGGCAAAGGAACUUGGUGUUAAGUCGUUGCGAUCCCGAAGACUUAACGGCACAAUGGAUGAUGGUGAAUUAUGGGUCUACCGUGUCUACGAAGCACAACAGAAGCUUGUCAAGGACAAGUCGCUGCAAUCCAGAACAGACCUUUCGAAAGAAAGUCAAACUUCCUGCAAGAAGGCAAUCAAUCUUAUGGAAGGUUUGCGAAAGAAGGGUGACGACAAGCACGACAGCAUCGAGCGUGGAUUUGAACUCUUGUUCUUGCACAUGAUUUUGCACUACAUGAUUGACGAGGAAGAAACAGAAAGCGUGCUUUCCGAAUUGUUCGAAUGUUACGACAAGAUCACAUCCACUAAGAAAGCCAAGGGCAAGAAGAGCAAGAAAACCAAGGGCGAUGGCGAAGAAACAGAGCCAGAAGCCAUUGAUGUUAUUGUUGAUAUUUUGGUCAGCUUUGUGACCAACUCUUCGACUAUGCUCAAGAACCUUGCCGAGCAAGUUUUCGAAAUGUUCUCGCACAAAGUCACUCAGCAGACCUUGGGAUUGCUGUUCGAUCUUCUGUCAUCGAGUGAUAGCAAGGACGAAAGCAAUGAUCUUUUCGACGAAGAUAUGGAUGAGGUUGACAGCGACGUGGAAGUGAUCGAGGACGUUGAGAUGGAGGAAGAUGACGACGAUGAGGAUGAAAGCGGAUCUGAAGAAGAUGACGAUGAAGAAGAGAACGGAGAGGUUGAUGAAGAAUUGAGACGCAAGGUUGAAGAAGCUAUGCGAAACCAGGGCGUUCUUGCCGGUGAGGAUGACACGGAAGAUGAAAACUUGGAUGAUGAUGCUAUGUUUGGUUUCGACGAUAAACUGGCCGAAAUCUUCAAGCAAAAGAGACUUGUUAGUGGCAAAGACAACAAGGGCGAACAGAAUGUUUACCAAUUCAAGAACAGCGUUGCUGAUCUCGUGAUCAUUUUUGUUCGCAAGAACCCGGAAAAUCCUCUUGUGUUGCAAACAAUUGUGCCACUGUUGAACAUCCUUCGUGUGACCCCUGCCCGACCUGCCACGAACCAGUUCCUGCAAAAGAUCAUUGCAUUCUUAAAGAACAAGCUCGCCAAGGGAACCGAGUAUCCCAAGGUGGACGAUGUCGAUGGCGCCCUGGAGAUCCUGAACGCCGUCCAUGACUUCACCAAGAACAAGGGUGCCAACAGCAAAGAGCUGGCGGACAUGGGUGUGCAACUGUCGAUCUAUCUGAGAAAAAGCAUCUUCGGCGGAGCAGAUAUCAUGCUUUCAGACGAUAUGCAAAAGGACACAAAGCAGACGCUCGACAAGACCAACGCCAUAUACUGCGCCAACCUGUGCGAUUACUACCGAUCGAAAAAACACACCCGCAUCGAAUACGACCUUGCCGCUUUCCUCCCCAAGAACUUCCCGUACAGCUCAUGGCCUCUCCUCGACUCAUUACUGGAAUUCAUCAACCCCAGUGCCUGCCAUAACAACUACAGACAUACCCAAAAUUUAGAAUGGAUCAGCACCGUGCUGAGCCGCACAGUUGAUAAGUCAUCGGAAACAUACGACAAGCUGUUUUUGGCCUUAGUGCCAAAGAUCGCAAAGAUAGCCCAAGAAACCAUUGACAACGCUGUCGAUGCAACCGACAAAAAAGUGCUGGACACCAACAGCAUGCGGUCCUUCUUGAAGUUCAUACUUGUCACUGUACGAAAGCAUAAAAAGCUAGCUAGCAGUGAGGUAAGGAAAAUUCUCUUGGCUUGGCAGCAGAAAUAA